AAAGACAUCUCACGAUUUCCAUAACGUGGUGAUUCGGAUGAUGGAGAUCUCCGGAAAACCCAAUCUCGCUGAUUUCUUCCCUUUUCUUGGGUUUCUUGAUCUGCAAGGAGCUAGAAAAGAAGCGAGGCUAUUGAUGCACAAACUGUUUAGGGUUUUUCAAGGAUUCAUCGAUACAAAGAGAUCAUCAAAUGCUUCGAGAAACAACAACGAUAUGUUAGAUUCUCUUUUGGAUAUUGCUCAUGAGAAGGAAUCAGAACUCGAUGACAAUAAUAUCAAACAUCUGCUUCUCGACUUGUUUCUGGCUGGAGUAGACACAAGUUCGAGUGCGGUGGAAUGGGCUAUGGCGGAUGAGACGGUUCGAGCCUUCGGCCACCACGAAGUCUCCAUAGCAUGGCUACCUUCGACGUCGUCUCGUUGGAGGUUAUGGAGGAAGGUACUGGCGACAAAACUUUUCUCACGGGAGCGUCACAAAGCCACGAAGUCCGUACGGUCGAAGAAAGCGAAAGAACUUAUAACAUUCAUUAUCGAAAGAGGCGAACGAGGCUUCUCCGUCGACAUUGCUCGUGCUUGCUUCAUCACGUCGCUUAAUGUAAUCUCAAACGUUGUGUUUUCGAUCGACUUAGGUGGUUACGACCCGAGAGCCUCCACGGAGCUCCAGGACUCGUUGUCUCGUAUGAUGGAAAUAAUGGGGAAACCGAACCUCGCAAACUAUUUUCCGUCUCUUGAGUUUCUUGACAUACAAGGUAUCCGGAAAGAGAUGAAGGUGUGUUCGGAGAGGUUGUUUCAGAUUUUUCAAGGGCUCAUCGAUGCUCGAAUCGCGGAAAGAUCAUCACAGACUGGACCUAGAGAUGCAUUGAGAGGUGAUUUGUUGGACUCACUGAUCGAUCUUAUUCAAGAAGAGGGAUCGGAAGUCGACAUGAAUGAUAUCAACCACUUUUUAUGCGACUUGUUUAUUGCUGGAACGGAAACGAACUCUACCACAGUGGAAUGGGCAUUGGCAGAGCUACUUCGUAACCCAGAGGCUAUGGCUAACGCUAAAGUCGAGAUCAACUUUAUUGUUGGCCCAAACCGUUACGUUCGUGACUCCAAUCUCUUAGAGUUUCCCUAUCUACAAGCUGUUGUAACAGAGACUCUCCGUGUUGGCCAAUUCAAUCCCAAUAAAAUGUCGUUCAAGCUAUUGCGACAAGCCAGUUUGAUGGCUAUAACGGACGAUCGUGAUUUCUCUGUCGCCCUUCAUCAAUUAAGAUGCUGCGGAUUUAACAUUUUGUUGGGUUGUCCUGAAAGUUCUACUUCGAAUGCACUUCUUCUCACAGCUGCAACGGUCUGGAGUUGGAACUCGCUGAUUUGGGGACAAAAACCGUUUACUAAGAGCGAGAUAGAGGAUCUCAUAGCUGCCAAUCUGAAAAAAUAAAACCCUAGCCUAUAUGUAAUGUCGUUCUUAUAAAAAAACUUACCUCUA